UUUUUAAAAUUUAAAGAUGAGAUAUAUUGUGAUUUCUUGGAGAAGUGAAGAGUGAGUGUUUGUAUAUCCAACAAUUAUGAAUACAAUAGGGAGAGGAGAAAGUAGGUCUUGAGAGGACAGGGAUGGAUAAGGAGGCCGGAGGAGGGAGAGUAAUACACCCCCCCCCCCUCCCCCGAUCCCGAGAGCUACAGAUACACACUGACGUCGACUGCAUCAAUGGAAGAAUCGGAAAUCUUGAGAGUGAAUGUUGGUGGUUGUCUUUACUGCACCACAAGGUCUACCCUUGUGAAAUAUCCAGACUCGAUGUUGGGAGUGAUGUUUAAGGGAGACAUUCCAUCGAGUAAGGAUCUAGAUGGCCACUAUUUCAUCGACCGAGAUGGACAAAUGUUCAGAUACGUACUGAAUUUUUGCAGAUCUGGAAAACUCUGUCUACCACAGCAAUUUUCUGAUUUUGAUUUAUUAGAAAAUGAAGCUGAUUUUUAUCAAAUUCAACCCUUGAUAACUAGUAUUACAGCUGCAAGACAACAUGCAAUGAAAGAGAAUUUAGAGGUUCAUUACAUCGAAGUGGUAGAAGUAAGAGCCGGCACGACGGCAACCAUGCCAUCCAAAAAUUCGCGGGUGAAGACAAUAUUGCUUGGAAGGAAAGAGGACCUGGUGGCAUUACCCCCUCAUCUUGUUGGUGGAGAAGCUUCAGAAAGACUCGAAUCUAAAACUGGUUCCCAGUACGUAGAACUAGAGAUCUAUGGAAGUAAUGUGAGAAUUCAGCUUGCUGACUUCCUAAGUAACAAUGGAUGGAUCAUUGAAAAUUCAAAUUUGUCUUCCUCAUCGAGUUCAGCAAAAGGUCAAGAAAUCAGCAUCCUCUGCAUAGAGCAGAGUUACAGAGAUCGUUGGAAAACAUACAAACUGAAAUGAAUUAAUUUCCAAUAUACAGGGUUUAUUUGUCUUUCAGCUGAAGUUCACUAGAAGCCUCUCUUGCUAAAUCAAGUAUUGCUUUAGACUAAUGUGUAACAAAAAAUAUAUACUGCCUUAUAAUUUAUGGACUCUAAAUUUACAUACUUGCAAGCUGACAUAAAAAGACAGAAUCUGUUGCAACAACAAUGGUUGAAGUUAAAAGAUGUCAAAAUAAUGUUACAGUAUUUUUAGGUCACCUGAGUUUGUUGAAUACCACAUAGUAUCUACUCUUGAAAAUCUUCUGUAAUUUUAACAUCAAGGUGUCGGUCUACAGAUUUUUACCUUGUUUCUAAAUAGAUAAUGAGAAGGAUUGGGUAGUCCUUUACCAAAAUUGUAAAUUUCAUGAUCCCAGGGGGUAAGGAUUUUGGUUCCUAGAGUGGGGCCAAAAUUUUGUCUUUAUUAUUUGAUAGACUUCUCUAAGUUUGCUGAUGUGGUAUGAUUAAGAAAAAGCAAUAAAGGAUGUGCCAAAAUUGUGAAUUUCGUAACCCCAGGUCCAAAUUAGUCAUAACAUGUUAAUGUUACAUAAUCAUGUUAUGUAAGGUCUUUCAUCAGUGUAAACACUUUCGAGGGCAUUUAUAAGUUGUAACACAAGGACGCAUUUUGUUUUAUUCUUUUGCUGAAUAUUAGAAGUUAGCUUUAAUAGAUAUUCAGAACAGGAAUUUUUUUAAUAGAUUUCAUAGCCCUUGGGAGUAUAGUGAUACAUGUACUUUCAACUAAUACUCAGAUGACUGAUAAGGCCUGUGGGCCUCUUGUUUGAAUUCAUGUAUAUGUAUCAAAAUGUGUUCAAUUUUAUACAUAGAUCUGUUCAUUAGACCUGUAGAUAUAUAUAAUAUAUGUACAUUUAAAGAAUUUAUCAUAUGGUAUUGUUUAUCUUUUACUGUUAAAGCUCAUUCAUAUACAUGUAGUAUUGAGAUAAACCAAGGUGUUAAAAAAACCAA